AUGUCGGUACAUUGUGCCUUAAUAAGUCCCACUGAAAGCCCUCCCAAUACUAUACGCCCAAUAUUCUGCAAACGCUGUCUCCUGCUAAUCCAGGAUCACCACCUUCGUCUGCGAACAGCUAACGAGUACCUUCGAUUUCGACGGCUUUGUCGUAAAGCUAUUGCUUUACUGCUCCAAGGGCAAGCUCUACUGUCUCCUGUUUUCCUGCCUCUAUGUAUCCCCGAGAGCACCUCUACAUCUGGCCUGGAUGCAGCCACUACAGAUUUGACACCUCUUUGUCGGCCUAGUACUUCUGGAGUGAACGAUUUUGGUCCUCUUGCCCGUUAUCAGUCAUACCAUAAGCAUUUACUAUUACAACGAAGCUUGGAACGGAAACAAUACGAACCUGCCGUGUCUCUGCGUCGUGGACAUCUUUUUGGUGACUACCGCUCCUCCCAGCAGCGCUAA